UUUUUAGCCAAACUAAAUUGCACUUUUUGACAUUAAAGUAAAAAUAUAUAAACUUGUGUUGAAAAAAGGACGAAGCUUUAAUACAGCACUAUAGCUCAGCUAAAAACAACCUUUUGUAAAAAAAGACCUUUUGUUUCAUUCAAAUUUAUUGCACUAAUGUGUGCACCAGUUCAGGAAGUUUUGCGAAGGAGAACAGGCUAAGUGAUUGUUUUGGAAAGAGAUGGGGAAAAAAAGAAAUAUUCAACCUCCACCAAUAAUGCCAGGGCGAGUGAAAGUGGAAAUAAAAGAUGAAAUAGGGGACAGUGAUGUACUUGUAGCAAGAGAUCGAUUAAAAGGUGCUCUCCGUGAAUUACUACAACACAGUGAUACAGGUUCUUCAGCAGAUUCGAGCGAAGAAAGUUCUGCUCAUGAUUAUAAACAAAUGAAGAAAACGACAAAGACUAUGAAUUUUCAACAACCACGGAAAAUCAGGCGUCGCCGUCAGAUACAAGCUGACACACCAUUUCAUCAUACAUAUGUGAUGAAAUUAUUUGAUCGUAGUGUUGAUUUAGCUCAAUUUCAAGAAGAUACUCCACUUUAUCCCAUAUGUCGUGCUUGGAUGGCCAAUCAACCAAGAAAUCCGAACUUGGUUCCUAAAGUACGCAGUCCAAGCCCAGAAAUAGUGAAUGAAGUUAACAUAGGGAAUAAUUUAUUUGGAAUAAAUGGAGAGUUGAAUGAUGUCCAUUAUUUACCACUACCUUUGCCCUGUGAAGAGGCUAUACCAAAAAAUCGUAUUCCAUCUCCUGUACUUGGGGAGAAGGAGGAACUGAACUUAGAUUAUGACGGACAUACUCUCAAAUCGCGAGAGACACUAAUGAAGGAGCAUACUGCACGGUGGAAUACUAUUCGCAAAAAGUGGCAUCAGCAAGCGCAUAAGAAUGAACUACGUUUUAUAGAAAGCGCUAAUAUACUCAGCACCAUUUUUAAAAAGGCACAGUCAGAAUUUGAAUAGUAGAGACGAAAGAGUAGCAUUCCUGCAACUGCUGAUUCUUUCGCCGCUGGUAGUUUUUAUUAUGUCAUCAAGGAGUAACUUCUUAUUUGCUAUUUUUCUAUACGGUUGCUUAUCGGUGAAUAUAUAUAUGUAAGAGAUGAUGAUAUAUGUUGCACAUGUGUGUAUAUAUAUAUA